AUGAUAGUCCAAGAGCAAGAAACUAUUCUAUCAAGAUUCUUAAAAGUUGAAUAAUAAUAAUUCCCUAUCCAAGAUCCAAUCGACCUUAGAGUCAAUUCUUUUGGUGGAACAGUGAAACUUCACACAGUUGAAUAUCCAAACGAAGGAGAACUCAAGGGCAUACUUUUUGUUUUCCUUGGCUUCGGAGCUUAUAUUGACUUUCAUGGAGUACAUUUGAAGCAAUUUGCCAAAGCUGGCUUUAGAGUUUUUGGAAUGGAUCGUCAAGGUUUCGGUAGCAGCGAGGGCAAUAGAGGUGAUAUAGGACCCAAUUAAGUUUAAGAUUAAUUGGAUUUCGUUGAUGCUGUCGUAUAAUAGUAUUCACUACAGGAUGAAAAGAAAUACUUAUUCGGCAUCUCACUUGGCGGUUUACUCUCCACUAGAAUGAUUUAACUAAGACCGAAUUAUUUUUCAGGUGUAAUUUUAUGUGUUCCUUGGUUUUAAAACCACGAGUCUGUCAAGAUCUAAGGCCUCAAGAGACUCUUACUUAGAGUAAUUGGUAAUCUUUUCUGGGAAAAAGAAAUUCCCACUAAAUCUAGGACCCAUGAAUUUGAUGAGUACUAGGAAUACAUUAGAAAAAAUGAUCAGAAAAUCGUUGUAAAUUUAAAAUACUCUACAGUUAAUGAGUGCAUGAACUUGUAAGACACUGUUGCCACAGAAAUUGAAAAAUUAAAUGAUACAGCUGUAUUCAUGGCAGUAGCAGAGAACGAUUGGAGUGUCUCAAAUGAGAAAAUAGAUGAAGUAUUCUCCAAUAACAAUCAUUCAUUAAAGAAAAAAGUCUUAUACAAAGAUGCUAUUCAUGCUUUUAUGCAACCAAUUGAAGACUACAUAACAAGACAGUCUUCGAUUGAUAGCAAAAAAAAUAUUAAAAUGGUCCAUUUAUACUAAUCUGAGUCAAAUCAUGAUUAAUGA